GAUAUUCCUUUCGUUUUAAUUUUUAUGAUAUAGUUUGAUACAAUACUAUCAGUUGUUUCUUGCACUUCGAUUUCUGCUACUAUCUGUUGUUUUUUUCUAGAGAGUUUUAUCAUACUUUUUAUAAUAUUUUGCCAUGGUUUUUUAUAUUGCUUUGAAUUGUUGGUGUUUGUGCCGAGGGUAUACCAGAAACAACCUCUCUACCCCUCUGGAGGAGUAAGGUCUGCGUACUCUCUACUCUUCCCAGACCAUAAAUGAGAUUUCAUUGGGGGUACCAUGCAUCAAAAGAAUAUAAAAGAAAACCGGACAACGAUAAAGGUUUUAAUGACGAUCGGACCGUGGCAGACGCAGGGGAUAGGAUUCUCGAGAUGAACGAAAAAAAUAAGAAAAGCAUGGAAGAAUCCAUGGCAAAAAUCGAAAAGAAAAUCAAAGAUGCAAAGAAAAAAGAAGAGACUAGCAUUGCAGAUAACAUCAAGGAGAAGACAAGUGAAAUGGUACAUGAAACUAAAGAUAAAGUAAAGAAGAAAGCCCAUGAUGUGAAGGAAAAGACUAAAGACACAAUGGAGUCUAUAGAGGAGAAUACAAAGCAGAAAAUGCAUGACGCAUGGGAGGCAACCAAGGAGACAACACACAAAAUUAAAGAAAGUGUUGUUGGUAAAUGGGAUGGUGAUAAAGAAUCUAUUGAAGAUCAUACUGGCAGAAAGAAGAAAGAAAAUGUGGAGUUGAAGAAACGUACUAGAGAGUCUGGUGGCAAGAAACAUUGAAAGAAGAUAUUCAUAAAGUUAGGGCAGACUUACAGUGCUAUUUAUGUGUUCGGCAACUUUAUUUACAUGUUUGGCAAAAUCUUAAACAUGUUUGGCAGAAUCCAUUAACUUUGAGCCAAAUCGUAUGCCUAUGUUUCAGAACUCACCUAAUAUGUAUAAAACAAUUAUUCAGAAUCUAAGAGGGUGGAAAAUGUUUAGCUUUCUGAGUGUUUUUUAUGGUUGAACUCUUUAUUUCUUCAUUUCGUA